AUUAAUUUAAUGGCUGCUAUUUCAACAUUGAGAUUCAUCAGUCAGUUUUUAUUUUCACAUUCAAAUUAUAAGGAUCCAAAAUAUGGUUAAGUUUUACAUCCAUUAUUAUGCUUUAUGAUAAGCACUCUUGGUUAUAUGUAUGGAAGCAUAAAAUUAGAAAAUAAUUACACAGAUCAAACUAUUGAAGAUGUAAUUUAAAUUUAAAAUUAGUUUUAAGUAUCAUAAACAUCAAGAAACAUAAUUGCAAUAGGAUUUCUAUUUUAUGUUUUUCUAAUUAUUUUUGCAAGAUUUGGUUAGGCAAAAUUCACAAUAUUUUAUGAAUUAAUGUGGGCUUGUAAUUUAAGUUUAAUUAGUUCUGCAUAUGCAUUUUGGAAGUAAAAAUAAUAAAUAAUUAGAAAUAAACCAUUAAUAUUAGCUUCAAGUAUGAUACUUGUUUCAAUUGAUUAAGUUUUAUGGUAUGUUGACUUAUUAGCUUUUUUUUUAUUUAGAAUAUGGCCAAUAGGAGUGGCAAAGUAAUUGAAAAAUAUAAAUUAAAUAGAUAUUUAACAUGGCCAUCAACAACAAAAUUGAGAUUGUUAACCUCUUUUCAUCAUAUAUUUUUUUUACCACUAUGUUUAUAUUUUUUAAGGAAUUAAAAAGUAAUUCCAAUUACAGCAUGGUAAAUAAGUAUAGGUAUGGGUACAAUUCUGACAAUAGUUUCUAGGUAUAAUUUAUAAAUGUAUUUUAAUAGGUUAUUGACACCUAAAUCAAUUUUAUUAAAGGGAUAAAAGGAAGAAAUAUAUUUAAAUUUAAAUUUAUCAAGAUAAUUAUGGAAAGACAUUCCUUUUAAAUUUUUAACAAUAGUUGAUGAUAAACCAUGGUAUUUAGCAUUACCUUUUUUGAGUUUUAUGUGGAAUUCUGGUAAUUAUAUUUUAGGAUAUGAAUUGCUAAACAGAAUUUUAAAAUAUUUGAAUUAAUCAUAAAUAUUAUGA